CCACAGUAUUACAGUGCCCUUUGUUUCGUUAAAAAUGAAGAAAUUAUUCUUAUUCUUUUAGGUGAAAAAGACGAAGACUUUUUGGUCGAAUUUCAGGCGAGUCAUCGCAGUCGAUAUAGAUCAAAACGACGACGUUCGCAUCGAUAGCCGGAACCCCCACUCAUAUGUACUGUACUACAUAUCUGUUGAUGCUGCUAAUAGCGAAAAUUCACCUGUGAUAAGAGAGAGAUGAACGUAAGACAGGGGGUGGUGCAUCCGGUGGAGGCCCCGCCGCUGCAGACGGAUGGGGCGGCAAAUGUACUCCUGCCACGUGUUAGGAUGAAGGAUCUCCAGGGCAUGCCGGGGACUGUAGGCGGCGUAUUCUUGCGUUUUUCUCAAUCGUUGUUUGCAGUGGUCGCUCUUUCCGUUAUGGUCACCACCACCGACUUUGCUUCUGUCACCGCCUUCUGCUACCUUGUUGCUGCUACUAGUUUGCAGAGUAUGUGGAGCCUUGCACUGGCAAUUGUUGACAUUUAUGCCCUUCUAGUGGGACGCCACUUGCAAAAUUAUCGAGCUGUUAGUUUAUUUUCUGUUGGUGAUGGGGUCACUUCUACUCUUACUUUUGCAGCAGCCUGUGCAUCUGCAGGCAUCACCGUUCUCAUUGGCAACGAUCUUAAUGCCUGUGCCAAUAACCAUUGCACUCAGUAUGAGACUGCUAUAGCUAUGGCCUUCCUUAGCUGGUUUGCUGCAUUGCCAUCAUUUUUGUUUAACUUUUGGUUGUUGGCUUCUAGAUGAGUAAAACCCCAACAGAAUUCAUAGCAGUGUCAAUCACCAAAAGACCAUUUUGAAUUUCAUUUUAUAAAUUCAGUUUUGUGCUGUUUUCGAUUGAUGGUAUAGACUCAGGAUUAGUUCAUCCUUUGUACAUAAAUCAUGCAAAUGGGAAGUUGCUACAAAAUGUUAUUGAUUACACAAUAAAACUCUUUUUAGCAAUAUAUAU